AUGAAUAUCCAUAAGAAGAAAUACCCCAACAACGGCGCAUCUGUCGUUGCAGACCGCUCUCCACUCACUUCCCCAUCACGUGAAAACUCCUAUAAGUAUCUGUCUUCGGAUGAAGACUCGCUACUCUCUCACGAUUUAGUCGGUAGAGACGAGGUGAUUGAUUAUGACAGGCUUCAUCGAUUUCUGAGGCGGUCCAACAAUUUACCCAAGCAGGAUGUCAAGACACCUCUGGUUCGUGAGAGAGCCGCUCAAAUGCCCUUAUCGCAUUCCACUCCCAUGAACCUUCACUACCAAGAACCAAAAAGCCAUAACAACCCGGGACAGCGUAUAGCAGAACUGGUCAGCGAUGUGAGUGAAGAAGGAGAUAACGGUUCCACCACCAAUCUAUUAACACCUCCAGGUACUCAUGACAGCUCUAUGACGAUAAAAGAAGGCGAACACGAAACACAGACAGAUGAUAAAGACGAGCAAAUUCGCAGACUAAAAGAAAUGAUAGACCACAAAGACUCACUAAUAUUCACAUUAAAGGAACAAUCCACAGAAAAAGACAGCAAAAUAGCAAAGAUAAAUCAACAAUUGCAAGAAUCAAAGACACUCAACUCGAAGCUAGUCCACCAGUUGGCAACAAGAAUAGGUAAAGUUCGAUCUCUGAACAAAAGUGACUUCGAAGGCGAUAAAUACAAUGAACUCGGCCUUGCUGUAGUAGACAAUCUCUCUCUUAGGAGACUUCAAAAUUUUGUCAAACAGAUGCUGGUAGAUUUGAACGUCCCCUACGCCAGAAUCGAUUCCAUCGUGGAGCAUCAUCUUGUGCUACAGUCAUUCGUGCAAGACUUACAUCGAAUGAUAUAUUCGAACUCAAUUGACCCGAAAUUAACCAAACAAUGCUGUCAAGGCAUGAAUGCAUAUAUAAAAAGACAUUUAUAA